AUGCCAUUUCCUUUACCAUCUUUCCCCUACCCUCCAGCGGGGGACGGAUUCUGGAGCCCGGUCACCGCCACCCUAAAUUGGUGCGAAGAGGAUUAUUACGCAACGGUAUAUUCCGCUGAGAUCAUCAACACUCUGACAAACGUCUAUUUUGUGUAUCUUGCAGUUAAGGGCAUCCGGAAUUGCCGACAGAACGACCACGACCCAGCAUGUCAGGUUGCGUUCUUCAAUAUGCUGUUCAUCGGCACUGGAAGCAUGUUCUUUCAUACGACACUCAACUGUAACAUGACCCGGAAAGGUGUAUAUCCGAAGACUAAAUUCGUGCCAGAUUGGAUGCAGCUUCUGGAUGAACUGUCGAUGAUCUACCUCACCUCCACCACAUUCUUUGCCAUGUUCUCCUUCGGCCAAAGCAGGGUUGUCAAAAUCCUCGUCCUACUGUUCACAAGCUCAUUCAGCAUGUUUGUGACGCUGUACUACCAUUAUUUAAAGGAUCCUGUUUUUCACCAGAAUUCGUUCGCCAUACUCGCAGUAACAGUGAUCUUCAAAGGCGUGUACGAGAUGGAAUAUCUUCUCCGGCCGUCUAAACGACUGAAGAACCCGUCAUAUUCAGAGAAAGAGCAGAAGAGGGUGGAUGAGAGAGAUUUGUCAAUACUGCACACCAUGUGGGCGCUAACAAUUUGCGGCGUGGCAUCAGUUGGCUUGGGCUUCUUGAUUUGGAAUCUGGACAACAUAUACUGCUCAAACCUGCGCCGUUGGAGACGAGAUAUCGGGUUGCCGUGGGGGAUUGUGUUCGAGGGUCAUGGUUGGUGGCAUCUAUUUACCGCCCUUGCCGCUUACUACAAUCUGGUAUGGCUUUCAUGGCUAAGAUAUUGCCUGAAAGACAAGCAAGACGAUGUGGCUCUGCAGUGGCCAUCGCUUUUCACGUCGCUCCCGUUGGUUUACCGAAAGGAGAAUCUUCCCGCACGUGCAGCGGAGAAUAGUGCGAGUGAUGUGAAGCUGGAAUAA